AUUUUUGAGUUUCCCAGCAUGCUAAAAGUUAUCGUCUUUGUUUUAUGUAGUUUAUCCUUAUCCUCGGGAUCUUCGAACCAGUGCAUUAACAAUCAAAAUGGAAAUAACCAGUGCACGUCUGACAUAUGCUUUUCUCAUUUCCAUGCCACAUCAGAAGGAGAUAUUGAAAGAUUUGAUUGUUCUCAAAAACCUUCAAAACUUUCAACACUUUCUUGUGCUGUUUUGCUUAACAAAACUGACGAGUCAUCAGUUUGCCUGGGUGAUGCAAGAGAUACCCAUUGUUGCUGUACUUCAUCAAGUUCACCCAAAAUAUGUGCUCCGGAGAAGCGAAAAAUGGCCGAGUUGACACAAUUAUGGACAAUGUCCCAAGUUUGGUGGCUAGUCUUUGGUCAUGUUGGGCUCUCGUGUGUGGUUCUUCUGCUAGUCACAUUCUAUAUGAAAUCAGUGAAAUAUUUACCGAAAUAUAAUAUUGUGAUACCAGAGGAGAGUAGAAUGACGACUAUUUUAUGGGCAAAGUCACUAUUCCUCCUUCUAUCAUUGGUAACCAUAUACUUUCCAUUUCGAAAAGUUUGCAUGAAACAUCCAAAAGGAGUUUUCACAACACCACGGCACUUCUUGUAUCAGAUUUUCGAUGCUGGAAUCGGUCCAUCUUUAUAUUUCUCAUUUCCCUUGAUAUUCUUCAUUUUCGAUUUUUCUUUAUUCAUUUAUGUUAAAGAUCGAAAGUAUAUCAACAAGUUUGGUGCACUCUUCCUUGCUAUUUUCAAGCUGAUUACAGUCCCAAUAUUUGUUUAUGAAUGCUUUCUUUCUACAGUUUGUCUCUGGCACAAAGAUCAUGAACCUGGCUAUUGUAGACUAAAUGGAGCAAUUUGGCAGUUUAUGCUGUCACACUUCUUCAUUUUGGUUUAUCAUAUGUUGCUUGUCAUCCAAACAUACCUGCUCAGUAAAUUGAAGCCUAAUAUUGAUCCAAUUCCACGAAUCAGCGAGGAGACCCCAAGCCAGGUGGCUCCAACUAUUCUGAGUACUCAAUCUGGUGAGACGAGAAUCGAGAGCGAGUUUAAUGAAAUGACAUAUAUCCAUCCGAGACCAUUCCAUGUCCCACGGCUUGGAUUGUCUAUAUUGAAUGUGAAGAACAAUAGGAACAAUGAUUGGUUGGCGUUGAGAGCUCUGUUGUCAACCACUGGCUUCUACAAGUUGUAUCCAUCGAAGUUUUUGAUUCCUCCCGGCAAAGAAAUUUCGAUAGAAGUCGAGCAAUGUACUAGAGCUGAAUCUCCAACGUUGAAUCACAAUAUUCUUAUUGAAUGGUUUCCUCUUGACUCGACUCCACCAACGGGUGACUUGCAACGUCUUUGGAGCAAACCAUAUUUGGUUCCACAAUCGCAUUGGCAAUAUUUCGUUCUUCCGGUUUAUGUGGAUGAUUCGGUGACUUCUUAUAGCCCUAGUCAUGUGUCAAGUGUUGAAUAAAUUUUUUAAUUAUUAAAU